AUGACUGCCUACAGCAUCAAGAGUGACAAUGGCGGCAACGCCACCCACAACGACCGAGCCGGUCAACAGCAACAGCCUCCUGCCUACACACCUUCUCCCACUGGUCUCACGCCCAGCUCAACCUUCGACGCCAACAUGCAUGCCCAUGCCCCCGACUACAACACUUCGUCUGCUCCUACUCCUCGAAAGCCCAGCGCUUUUGGACAGAAAUUCCACUCCAUCACCAGCAAGGCUGGCUGGCCGUUGAACAAGGCCGCCAAUGUCAUUGGCGCCGAGGGCUGGUGGCCUACCAGCAUGCAGAAGGAGUGCGGCAAGGCUGCUCGUAUUCUUCACUCUUUCACCAGUAUGUCACAUCCCUUUUCAGACGAGUAUACCACCGGGACGUCCCUGAUUCCUGAUUCCGCAGGCCUCGGUGUUCCUCAGCCCCCCAAGGCAAACGGCCCCAUUCACCCUACUGGCAUCACCAAGAAGUCCAUGGUCAAGAUCCCGGAUGCCGUCUUGAGAAGCUGUGCCGGUCUCGCCAUCUUCAACGUCAUCCGUGCCGGUGCCUUCCAUGGCUCUCUCGCCGCUGGUUCCGGUCUUGUUGUCGCCCGCCGCCCCGAUGGCACCUGGUCGCCCCCCUCAUCAUUCGUCGUUUCCACUGUUGGUGCCGGCUUCAUGCUCGGUCUCGACAUUUACGACUGUGUCUGUGUCCUCAACACCCCGGCUCAGGUCAAUGCUUUCACCAACCCGCGUGUAUCCCUUGGCGGUGACGCCUCCAUCGCCAUUGGGCCCAUCGGCACCGGUGCCAGCGUUGACGCCGCCCUCAGCAAGACCGUCCGACCCAUGUGGAGCUACAUGAAGAGCCGUGGUCUCUGGGCCGGCGUCCAGAUCGACGGCACCAUCAUUGUCAGCCGUGCCGACGCCAACUCCGUCUUCUACAAUGAGCGCGGCAUCUCGGCCAAGAAAAUCCUGCUCGGCGAUGUUGCGUGGCCCUUGGGCGCCAAGCCCCUGUUUGAGGUCCUCAAGGCCAUCGAGGGCCGCCCUGACUUUGACCACACUGUCGUCCAGGAAGUAGGCCGCCUGCCUUCUCCUGGAGACACUGUUUUCGAUGAGAACCGCGCGCCUACUGCUGUUGAGCACGAGGACCGUGGGCCGCAGCCGGAGGCACUUCAUGAUGACGAGUCCAUACUGGACGAGAAGGAGAGGCUUAAGCGAGCCGGCUACUAA